CGUUUAGGUAUUUUACUUGCCCUUUCAAUGAUCUACCCUAAACUCUCGUUUUGGUUCGAUGAAGGUGAAGAUUUGAAGCUUGGAGGACAGGUACGAGAGCUUGAAAGCUUUCUUCAUGGUCCAAACGUGAAGGUCUGAAGUUUGAACUCUGGAACUUGAUGUUGAAAAUCGAAAUGGAAGCUGAAGGGAAGCUUGAAUCUUGAAGUCGAAUAUUCCUAUGAAGCCUGAAGAACGAAACUGAAAAAAAAAAAAAAUAGAAAACAAAACUUAAAAAGCUUUAGGCUUGAGCAGGGCCGGCCGGUUUCAAGCUUCCAACGGCAUUGCAGCGAGAUUUCCUAGAGGGGUUCUUUUGUUGACAAGAGAAACCGUAAUCCUCUUUCGAGGUCUCGACGUUACCAGGAGCUCUAAUGGAGGGAUUGAAGGUUUCUGAUGCGAAUUUGGUUGUUUACAUACACCCAUCGAAGGCGGGCAAGGUUUCUCAAUCGAUCCUUCGGGAGCUCAGUACUUUGCUAUUUAAGUACAAUGAAAUCUUUGAUGGUGUUGUUCUAGCCUAUGAUGUAACAAUUCAGAAUAAAAAUGCCAAGGUUCUUCCUGGAAUUUACCCAUGUUUUGGAGUAAAACUAAAAGCAAAGAUGUUACUCUUUUCUCCAAAGCCAGACAUGCUUUUAGAAGGCAAGGUUGUUAAGCUUGGAAAAGAAUCUCUUCAUGUCAUUGUUCUUGGUUUCUCAUCUGCUUCCAUUGCAGAGGAGGAUAUUCGUGAAGAGUUUCGAUAUAGAAUAAAGCAUGGAGAGGAAGUAUUUGCUAGUACAUCUCACAAGCGGCAUGUGAUCAAGGUUGGAAGCAUGAUACAGUUCUUAGUAAAGAGCUUUGAUGAAGAAAUACUCCACAUUUCUGGAUCCCUGAUUCCAGUUAACACCGGAAGCACCAAAUGGUUACAUAAAAAUAUGGAAGAAGGUUCAAUGGUAGACAGGUUGGAAACUCGGAAAAAGAAAAGAAAGGAUGACAGAAGUGAAAUGCAUGAGCAUUCUACUGAGCUACUUGAUGAUGUGGGAUUUUCUUUGAAAAAUGAAGGUCGGCCAAAGAAGUCAAAGAGGCAGAGACAUGCUGAACAGUCUUAAAUCAAUCAGAUAGAGGACCCAGAUGUUAAGGAGCCGUCCUGUAACCUAUAUUUUCCUUUUUGACCGUACUGUUUGUUCACCACUAAAUUUCUUUGUAGAUUGUUUGGAGUUAAUUAUUUAUUGUUGGUGUCUCAUAUAAUAAAUUGUGAGGAAAUGCGAAUUGUUGCAUUGGAAAUUUUACCUGACAUACAACAGGCA